AUGUCUUUGCGUCCGUCCACUGCUCCUCUGCGUGCCCCUUUGCCUUCUCCUCCUGAGUCCUCUCUUCCUGCGCUUGCCGACCCUGAGUCGGACUCUCUUCGUGCUGCCAGCCCUACUGUCACGCGUCUGCUUGCUACUGUUGUCACUGACCCCUCUUUUGAGUCCACUGCUGCGUCUGCUCUAGUCGCUGAGCUCGUCGACUUUGCUGCUCGCUGUCGUCUCGACUACGCUGCUAGUCUUGUUGCUGAGUCUGCGUCUGUCUGUCCUCCGUCCGUCGGGGGUGAGUGUGCUCUUGGCACGGACGUCCUAGAGGACAGGCAGGAGGAGUUACAGUGUCUAGCGGCUGCUUCACCUCAUCUCGCGUCUGUUCUGCUUGCCCUUGAGGGAGACCCGGAUGCACUAGACAUCCCGACUCCGCGUUCUUACGCGGAGGCCGUAGAGGGUCCCUACUCCUCUCAGUGGCAGGCAGCUAUGGAUGCAGAGAUGGCUUCCUGGAAGUCCACAGGCACCUACGUUGACGCGGUUCCCCCUCCUGGGGCGAACAUCGUCAGUGGCAUGUGGAUCUUCAGGGUGAAGCGGCCGCCGGGCUCUCCACCUGUCUUCAAGGCACGGUACGUUGCUCGUGGCUUCAGUCAGCGGCAGGGAGUUGACUACUUUCAGACCUUCUCUCCCACCCCGAAGAUGACUACUCUUCGGGUGCUGCUGCAUUUAGCCGCUCAGCGCGACUACGAGCUUCACUCUCUCGACUUCAGCACUGCGUUCUUGCAGGGUAGCCUGCACGAGGAGAUCUGGCUUCGCCGUCCACCUGGCUUCACUGGGACUUUCCCUCCUGGCACCCAGUGGAGCCUCCGACGGCCAGUCUACGGUCUCCGCCAGGCACCGCGUGAGUGGCACGACACACUGAGGACUACGCUUGCGGCUCUUGGGUUUGCUCCUUCUACUGCUGACCCGUCGCUGUUUCUUCGCACCGACACUUCCCUGCCGCCGUUCUACAUCCUCGUGUACGUCGACGACUUGGUCUUUGCCACAGCGGACACUGCUGGACUCGCCUACGUGAAGUCCGAGCUGCUGAAGAGACACACGUGCACAGACCUGGGUGAACUGCGCAGCUACCUUGGCUUGCAGAUCACUCGGGACAGAGCACGCCGCACCAUUACCCUGACUCAGUCACACAUGGUGCAGCAGGUCCUUCAGCGCUUCGGCUUUACACCGGAGCACAUGGCUGCAGCGAAGAGGGUAUUGCGCUACUUGUGCAGUACGUCGGGCAUGGGGCUAGUGCUUGGAGGGCGGAGUCCAGUGGUCCUUACCGGCCACGCGGACGCUUCUUGGGCUGACGACCAGGCUACGCAGCGGUCGUCACAGGGUUACACCUUCAGCCUUGGUUCCGGCUCUGUCUCGUGGCGGUCUACUCGCUCGUCUUCAGUUCUCGGCUCCAGUUGUGAGGCUGAGAUCUACGCCGGGGCCAUGGCUGCACAGGAGCUUCGCUGGCUCACCUACCUGCUGACUGACCUUGGAGAGCCGCCUCGUUCUCCUCCAGUGCUGUACGUAGACAACAAGGCCAUGCUGGCCUUGUGUCGAGAGCAGCGCUUGGAGCACAGAACGAAGCACAUUGCUCUCCGCUACUUCCUUGCUCGUGAGCUGCAGCAGCGUGGUCAGUUGCGACUUGCGUACGUGGCCUCUGAGGCCAACACUGCUGAUGUGUUCACCAAGGCACUCGCGCCUUGUGACCAUCAGCGCUUUUGCACCCAGCUGGGUCUUGUACUUGUCUUGCCUCACUUGCUCUCCUCUUGA